AUGUACAACUUACUGCCGUUUAUAUUGUUGCUCUCCAUCCUGACUAGGAUAUCCAUCGAAUCUAUACUGCGUAAAAAAGUACAUCCUGAUGGACGGAAAGCAGAAACACCUACACAACAACCUCAAAGCCAUAGCCUAUCAAAAAUCACGCAAGCACCAAAAGAACCAUGCAGAAUCAAAACAUUGAACGCAAAAAAAGAAAUUGACUAUACAGCAAGAUCAGCUAAGUCAUCAUCAAUAUGGCCACACGUGGAAGAAACAACAUACAAUCCUGAAAUUUGGUUAACUGAUGAAACAAGGAAACAACAUACCGAACAGGAUAUAGAAAUAACCCUUGUGGAAUCGUUUACAGAUUAUGACAGCAAAUCUGGAAGCGGAGAAGGAAUUGAAGGAGCUGGAAAAGGCGAGGGAAUGGAAGGAGCUGAAGAAACUGAAGUACCUGGAAAAGAAGGAGAGGGAACUGCAUGGACUGUAGGAGCUGCANAAGAAACAGAAGGAACUGAAGGAACCGAAAAAACUGAAAUACCCGGAAAAGAAGUAGAAGAGAUUGAAGGAGCUGAAGCAAUCAAAAAAGAAGGAGUUGAAAAAGCUGAAGCAGAAAAAGUAAGAACUGAUAUAAAUGAAAGAGAAGGAGAAGGAAUUGAAGGAACUGAAAAAGCCGAAGGAGUUACUCAUGGAACAGGCGAUGAAGAAUUUAAAAGAGGUGAAGUCAUCGGAUAUAAGAAACUGGUUGAAAAAAGAGAAUCAACACCUUUUCAGGAAGGGUCGAUGUCUUCUUCCGUUGGGACAGUGCAAGCUGAUCGGAUUAUGUCGAUUUCGCAACUUCGGAGCGGGGGUACUUAUUCAACGCUGUCAGCGCUAAAACAUUCGGCAGGAAUAUAUGGUGGUGAUGGACAAAUUGCGUUGUCAACGUUAGGCAAUGGAAAAGUCCCUGAGCACGGUAGAACUGAGCGACCUGAAUCGGGCACGAUGAAAACUGUUGAAGCACUUACACCGGUUAGAUUGUUGCCUACCGAUGAACAUUUAAUCCACAUCACGCUACCUUCAUCAAGAGCCUUUUUAGAAAUGGUGAAACCUCCACAUGAGGGAGAUAGAGAAAUGCUUGAAGAAAUAUCGGCAAUGAUGAAAAAAGGAUUGAGAUUGUUGCCAAAACAAGAUAACCUCAAUCAGAAUGCAUCAUUAUUGCCGCUAGAGACGACAGUUUCUGCAGAAAAUUAUGUAGAUCACACCAAAAUUGCAUUUGCGCCUUCAAACUAUAAAGAAAGAGAUGAAAAGCGGAAUGAGUCCGGGAUAAGUCCAACAGAUUUCAUGGAAAUUAUUUUAACGCGGACUACGCAAUCGGUGAAAGAUGUGUUAUCAAAAGGAACAAGCACCGAAAAUGUCGGUGCAGGUCAGUUGAGUAGCACAAUAGAUAUUGAAAGACCGGGAUCAACCGGGAGAUUACAUCGUAAGCCUAUGACGAAAGAGACCGAAAUACGAAAAGAGGGACGAUAUGGAACAACAGGAACACUUUCAGCAUCCGAAAUUGUUCAGAAAAUGGUGAAAUUCGAAGAGAAGCGUCUCAAUAUUGCAAAUAAAACAGAUUCCAAUGAUAUUUAUAUUCGUGCUGAUUUAUUAGCAUCAAAACCUACGGCUAUAUACUUACCAGCUCGGAGCAGUGAAUUAGAAAUGACUGACAGUGCAAGCAUGGCUUCCAGUAGAAAUACUUCAAUUGUUGGGAAACGAUUAAAAGAAAUGUUGAAGAAAAUGAAUGAGACACAAGAAAAAUCAAUGAAUAUGUCGAAAAGUGCUACUGGCAAUGAAACAAUGUUCUCUCAUUCAAAAAUCAAUUUCACGGAAACUGAUAGCUACAAAUCAUUGGAUGAUAUGAAAUUGGAAAAGACUAAAAUAGAAAUGACAAAAUCAAAAUCAACGAUCGAGGAAUCAACAAAAAUUGACGAAAAGGAAUCUGAUUCCAAAGUUGGGUCAAGUCUUAAUGAAACUUCGAAAAUUGGUAGCAAAUCAACUUUCAACGUACAAGAAACGAGCAGUGAUAGCGAAUUUGUUGAAGAGGUUGAAGAGGGAUGGCGGGAAGCACUGGAAGUUUUGCGUGAGCAACUACGUACGAGUAUUAUGAACUUGCUUAGCAGUAAACAUGAAUUUGGGAACAACAAAGAAUUAAAAAAGCUGUCCGCUUCUGGUUUAUAUGUUAAUGGUAGCAGAAAAAAUUAUAAACUGAAAAACGAAACGAUUUCAAAAAAUGCUGAAUCUAUGAUGAAAUUUGAUAAGAAAAUUGUGGAAGGCAGUUGGCAGAAAUCGACAUUUAAAACAGCAAUGAAUUCUUCGGAAAUGAGAAGAAAAACGUUGCAAACACGAAACCAUCAGAGGCUUAUGAAAACAGCAAAUGAAACUUACGCUGAAGAAGAGAAGAUGAAAUUAAACGAAGAAAAUGCAGAGGAGAAAUUGAUGCAUACCAGAUUACUGGAAGAGAAGGCUCGUUUGGAAGAAGCACGUCUUCUUCGUGAAGAGCAGAUGCAACUAAUGAAACAGCAGGAGUUCCAUCAUGGUUUCGCUGACAAAGCUCAACUGGAACGGCAAGAACAGAUAAUUCGACGGUUGGAACAACUUGCCGAAAUGGAAAGGGAAUAUCGUGAACAGCUUGAAAGAGAAGGGCGAAUAAGGAUGAAACUUUACAUGACAACACCUCCCAAUGAAAGCUCCUCGCCGAAUCCAAUUGAUAGUGAUAAAGAAAACUUGAUGCCCUUGCCACAAUGUUCGGUUAUCAGAAAAUUUGUAAAAGUGUACGCUGUUGACGAUCCGGUUAAAUGGAUUCGUGACAACUGUUCGAUUGUCAAAAUCUAUUUUCCGGAUGAAAGUUGCGGAGAUGUGGAAAAUUUAUUCAACUCCUGCUUUCAAUAG